UUAGGAAGACCUUUAGGAAGAAAGGAAAUCACUGCAAAGGAUACAGGAAUCCCACACAGGGGAAGCAUGAACGCCGCAGCUCUGUUUCUUCUCCUUCUCCUCACCUCUGUGGCUGUGUUCACCUCAGCAGGGAGAAUCCUGUCUGACCCGGACUGCUUGUGUGCUGAAACAGCCAAAAGCCUGAAUGUCAGACUCAUCGCCACUGCUCGGGAGUACGGACCCCGUCCCCACUGCAGCAGGACGGAGGUCAUCGCCACGCUCAAAGACAAAACCACACGAUGUUUGGACCCCAGCUCAGGUUUCACCCAAGCGGUCCUCCAAACUGUGAAGGCUGGAAAGGUGAGACGUGUUGCUCUUCAGAUGGCCAAGAUCAAAGCAACCACAGCAGGAACCACAGCAAAGUUCAUGCUGUCAUCCUUACCGUCAUCAUCGCCAUGAACUACGGGUCGUUAUCGACGCAAUCCAAGUGUCUGUUUCAAAACUGCAACGACUAAAGCUUCAGAUUUUAAGAGCGUUUGAAGAGAAGUUUGUCUUCCAGAGGAAAAAUAUGUGCGAGGUGUGAGUUUACUGUGAGAGCUCUUACUGCUGUGGGUUUAAACCCACACGAGCCAGUUUAUCAUGCUGAAACUCUGAGGUUUAUUUUACUGUAAGAAGGCUGAAUGUAUAUUUUACAGCCAAGCUUUGUGUAAACCCACUUUUUGUAUCAUUCAGACUGUCUUUCAGUGACAGGACAGAUGUAAUUUCUGUGAAAAACCUGAUGCUCUUCACUGGUUUGGCCUCACGUAGUGAUGCUUUUGUCAUUUCGUUUGCUUUGUGAAUGCAGCAGGUAGAAGAGGAAUCGUGUAACAUUACAUCUGUCCUCACCAUGAAACUGCAUCAAAAACGGAAUAUCUUGGAAUGCAUGCUGCAGAAAUUAUGUAUCCAGAUAAUGUGAACAAUAAACUUUAUUUUCAGUUAGUAUUUGU